AUGGGAGUAACCAUGACUCUCUUAAGGCCAGGUCCUGGCAUCCCAAAGGGACUAACUUCGACGGGGAAAGGCUGGUGGGAGAAACAUUUGGCUUGCUCGAGAGCUGCACAAACUUUCGUUGGAGAAAGCCAACGUGAUCCUGAAGAUCCGCAGUGGACAGUAGCUGCUCUCAAGGCAGCUUAUGCGAGACUGCGAAAAACAUCUACGGUUGUUAUUGUUGGAAGUAAGGAAGAUUCGAACAGGCCAGGGAAACUCGGAGCUCGGAUCUUCCGCAGAAUUGAAAAUGAUCGGCAGGCAAAGGGAAAUCUGAGCCGCGACGCUUUCAAAGUAGUAAGGGGAGAAUCUGGACAGCGAAGGAAAGCCGAUCCUCGGAUCUUCAAAGAUGGUGGCUCUUGGAGAGGCCAGGGAUAA